AUGAAGGGACCGGGCAAGGGAGUCGCUGCGCUCCUCAUGCUUGCUGUCGUUCUUGUCCUGCGUUCACCCUUCUUCACCGCCCUGUUCGGCUCGUUGGACGCCGCCAAACUCGCUCGACUCGCUCGAUUCAAUCCCGAAGCAACUCGGAAACUCCUAUUCAGACGAGGGAUGGCGGACGAGGAUACACUGGUGGAAGAGGCGUGCGAUGGGUGGCUGGCAACAGUGAAUUAUUGCGGCGCCUCUCCAACAGAAGACAGAGCUGCAGCCUGUUUGUGCAGCUCGACUGCUCUCGAACGGCUAGACGUCUGCACAACUGCGUUGAGCGCGUCGUCGCCCUCUGCCUCAUCCAGUCUCAAGACCUUCGCAUCGCGUUGUCCGGUCGAUCCUCUCUGCGGUGACGCCGCCCUCCCUCUAGACGCAGUCGACGACCGCGCCUCGAACCGUCUUCCUCGCGCCGUCCACGCUCACAUCGCAUUUCGCUCCGCAAGACCAGGACGGAGAACGAUGGGCACGACGAGAGGGCGGCUUGCGCGGCGUGGGGCGGGACAAGCAGUCUGA